CUCGCCUAGUGGUGGAACUCACUGGUUUCUGUGUACAUCAUCAUCAAGACACCGUGCAAGAGGACUAGCGGGGAUCAUAACGGCAAGAGAAAAGACUGUUCCUCCGUGUUUUUUUUCUCGGAUCUAUUAAUAGCCCUUUCUGCCGGGGAGAGCCAGUGAUCUGUUUUCAAGGCGCAGCUCUUCUUUGAGGCCGUGCAGCCCACAGUCGUCGUGCCGUCUGAAGACGGAGGGCGAGUUCCUUUAGUUUUCUUGGAGAAAGGGGAAGGGUGGUGAGGAAGAUGCCGAAACCGAUCAAUGUCCGGGUCACCACCAUGGAUGCAGAGCUGGAGUUCGCCAUCCAGCCCAACACCACUGGGAAACAGCUCUUUGACCAGGUAGUGAAGACGGUGGGUCUGCGUGAGGUGUGGUUCUUCGGCCUGCAGUAUGUAGACAGCAAAGGCUACAGCACAUGGCUCAAGCUCAACAAGAAGGUGACCCAGCAGGACGUGAAGAAGGAGAACCCGCUCCAGUUCAAGUUCCGGGCCAAGUUCUUCCCAGAGGACGUUUCUGAGGAGCUGAUCCAGGAGAUCACCCAGCGCCUCUUCUUCCUGCAGGUAAAAGAGGCCAUUCUGAAUGAUGAGAACUACUGCCCCCCAGAGACAGCAGUGCUCCUAGCAUCCUACUCCGUCCAAGCCAAGUACGGCGACUACAACAAAGAGGUCCACAAACCUGGCUACCUGGCCAAUGACCGCUUACUGCCACAGAGGGUUCUAGAGCAGCACAAACUCACCAAGGAGCAGUGGGAAGAGAGGAUCCAGACCUGGCAUGAAGAGCACAGAGGCAUGCUCAGAGAGGACUCAAUGAUGGAGUAUCUGAAGAUAGCACAGGAUCUGGAGAUGUACGGCGUGAACUACUUUGAAAUCAAGAACAAGAAGGGGACAGAGCUGUGGCUGGGUGUGGACGCUCUAGGCCUCAACAUCUACGAGCACGAGGACAAACUAACACCAAAGAUAGGCUUCCCUUGGAGUGAGAUCAGAAACAUUUCUUUCAACGACAAGAAGUUUGUCAUCAAACCCAUCGACAAGAAAGCCCCAGAUUUUGUGUUCUACGCACCCCGGUUGCGGAUUAAUAAGCGCAUCCUCGCCCUCUGUAUGGGGAACCAUGAGCUGUACAUGAGGAGGAGGAAACCCGACACCAUCGAGGUGCAGCAGAUGAAGGCCCAGGCCCGCGAGGAGAAGCACCAGAAACAGCUGGAAAGGGCACAGCUAGAAAACGAGAAGAAGAAGCGGGAGCACGCAGAGAAAGAGAAGGAGCGGAUAGAGCGAGAGAAGGACGAGCUGAUGGAGAGACUGAGACAGAUAGAGGAGCAGACGCUAAAAGCACAGAGAGAGCUGGAGGAGCAGACGCGCCGGGCCCUGGAGCUGGACCAGGAGAAGAAGCGGGCCAAGGAGGAGGCGGAGAGGCUGGAGAGGGAGCGGAAGGCCGCAGAGGAGGCCAAGGCUGCGCUGGCCAAGCAGGCCGCCGACCAGAUGAAGAACCAGGAGCAGCUGGCGGCCGAGCUGGCAGAGUUCACCGCCAAAAUCGCUCUGCUGGAGGACGCCAAGCGGAAAAAGGAAGAUGAAGCUACCGAGUGGCAACACAAAGCCCUGUCGGCUCAGGAAGACCUGGAGAAGACCAAGGAGGAGCUGAAGACCGUGAUGUGCGCCCCCCCGGCCCCCGCCGGCGGGCCCACCGAGAACGAACACGACGAGCAGGAUGAGAACAACCUGGAGGCCAGCGCCGAGCUGUCCAACGAGGGCGUGAGCGACCUCCACCAGGAGGAGGACCGCGUGACCGAGGCCCAGAAGAACGAGCGGGUCAAGAAGCAGCUGCAGGCCCUGAGCUCAGAGCUGGCCCAGGCCCGGGACGACACCAAGAAGACUCAGAACGACGUGCUGCACGCAGAGAACGUGAAGGCAGGGCGGGACAAGUACAAGACCCUGCGUCAGAUUCGCCAGGGCAACACCAAACAGCGUAUUGACGAGUUUGAGUCCAUGUGAAGAGCGCCCCGGCUGUCGUGGUGCCUCGCUUUUCGUCUCUGGCUGACGUCCCCAUCCCCCCCUCCCCCGACCCCGCAGAGGCUAGAGGGCCGUGGUUGACACGCCACUCCACCCCCCAUGUCUUGCCAAAGCUCUAUCCUCCUGUCAGCCAAUCAGAUUGCUCCACACAUAGAGCUCAGCCCAGCUAUGUCUGGAAUUGUCCAAUCAGGAGCAAGCAAUGCAUCUUAUCAAUAUAAACUCUUUCUGGUAUCAUAAAGGAUAAUAUAAUGCUUGCAUGUCUGAUGUAAAAAAAAAAAAAAUUGGAGAAAAACAAAAUCUUGCUUUUAUUGAAAACGGCCAUUUAUAGCUUUUUGAUGUUGCUGGUAAACUUGUAUGUAAAGCUUUAAUAUCUUACUACUUGUCUUCAGUUAAAAAUUAAGUCUUUACUUUUAAAAGAUCUUAUUUUUGACUCUUUAUUUUAAUCUGUGUUUUAGUUUGUCCUAAUUAAUAACUGUGAGGGUUGGUCACCAAGUCCUGGUUGAUGGUAUCAAUGAGUCAGACAUUUCAACGUCAACCGUGCCAGCAGACGUGUUUUUGCAUAGCAGCAGGUGCUGUGUAGUCCAUGAGUUUGAAUCUCUCUUUAUUGGCAGGGAAUAGUCACUCAGUGCCCAGGAGAAAGCAUGAGUGCUUUGGGGAAAACCGAGGGGGUAAUGAUGGUUACUUUAGUGACCGAUGCACACAGCGAGCAUCAGCAAUAAGCCACAUCAGUCAUAACCUGUCAUUCUAUUCCCUCUGAGCAGGAGCGACAGAGCCGUGUCACAGCCCUGGCAUUGUAUCCAGUCUGAUAAGCUGAGAGUCAGAGCAGAGUCACAGCACCUAGUAUUGUGUACAGUCUGAGCAGUUGAGAUGGAGCAGAGUCACAGUCCUGAUAUU